GAGCGACAGGCAGCCACAGCCAGCACCAGUCGCCAGCUGAGAGGACCUGCGAGCAAGGACAUAUAAGAAGAGAGAAAGAGGGAUACAAGACUCUUGCGGUCACCGCCUAACUUAAGAAAACCACAACAAGAAAGGAACAUACUUCUGUGAUUAUCUAACUGAGAACAAAGUGUAUUUGUAGCAAGUGCUACGAAGUAAGAAGCCAACAGUUCUGCAAGACCCAACAUUUCAAGAUGGAGGCCAUGAGGGUGGUGACGUCAUUCCUCAUGCUGACCGUGACGGGGCCCAGCCUAGCCUACCCCUACACCCGAGGGACUGGUGGGAGGAGCAGUGGGUGGGGGCGUGAUGCAGGUCUCGUCGACUACCUUGGAGGGUACCCGAUGGACGACCAAUACGCCGUGCCUGAGUACGACUCCACCACCCGCUACACCUACGCGGCCCAGCGACCCAGAAUAAACAAGGAGGCUGUGGCGGCGUGGCUCAAUGCUGCCUUGGACGACUACAUCCUCAAUUACGACACGUACAGUGACGAUGAUGGCACCUGGUACAACGAAAUGGCCACCGACGGCAUGCUAGAGCCAAACCCCAACGACGACUCCCCAAUGAUGCAGCUGUUCUUCAAUAACCAGCACAGCCAGCACUCCGGCAGUUCUGCCCCAUACAGAUACUCAUUGGAGGACUUGGAGAACAUGGAGCGCAAGGCCAAAAUGGAGGACAACACGGAGAACCAGCUACACGCUCUCAUGGGCAAGACAAUCAGGAAGAAGUCCACCAUGCCAGUGCUCGGCAGCCGCAUGUCUGUGGCAGGAAGCAUUCUGGGCCAGGGGCAGAAGGAGGAAGCAUAUGACAUUCCCGCCACUUCAGUCAGGCGACCUGUCUUCGCACGCACCAUCACCACUCAACCCGAAGACGAUAAGAGAGAAGCCACUAAGAAGCAACAGAAGCAGGUACAAGUCGACACAAGCGUGAGGACGACACAAAAGCCCGAGGAGAAGAAGGCGUCAGUCAGCGAAGCUCCCACCGGCACCAACAACAACGAGGUGACGAGCAGCGACACAGCGCCCUCUCCCAAGAGCAGUGUGCAGUCUGCGACGACCUCACAGUUCCUGAGAAGCCAUUACGAGACGCUCAAGAAGUUCCUGGACCGUGAGCGUGAGGCGCGAAGGAACCAAGAUAUGGAGGAAGAGCUGAGGAGUGAAAGGCUGCAGAGGAGGAGCGGCGUGCAGAAGCGGUACGCGACAGAAGAGGAGACACUGCCGGAGCAACUGGCCAGCCUUAAGAAGAAAGUCUAAGAUGCGAACCGGGGAACGACCUGCAUGUGUCCACCACGUCCACGAGGAUGACGAGCACCACUGACCCGACUGUUUAGGGGGAACCGUGUGAUCACUUCUCACCGCCACACCCAGAACCCUUAGCCAAGCCAGACAGGACAGUGCCAAGCAAGGGAACCGGAAAGGCUAGAAGAAAAGCAAAAGAUGAUAUAUAUAUAUAUAUAUAUAUAUAUAUAUAUAUAUAUAUAUAUAUAUAUAUAUAUAUAUAUAUAUAUAUAUAUAUAGGGCCCUAGUAAAGGACAGCGAAGAGACAAGACCUACAAUUACCGUUCCUUACAAACUCGGGAUGCUUGACAAUAGUUGGCCGUGAGAAGUCUGGACGUUAAUAACAACGAUACAGACUCUCAUAGAAGGCGCCUCUCCGAACUAAAGGGUAUCAAUGUCAAUGGCUUGCUAUUGUCCGCUGAACGAGGCUUCCAUUGUUCUUCUAAGAACACAAAGGAACGAGUUCUUAAUUUUCACUGGAAUUUCAUUGUCAGAGUAAAGGUCAGUCUCGAAGGUUCAGCGGGGACGGAGAUGGGAAAGCACUGGCAGCUUAAUUAAGGGCUGGUGUACCGGGUAGCUGGUCUUGCUUCAUACCGGUUGUUUUCCUACAUAUGCAAUUACUUUCCAGCUCUUAUCAAUCUGGCUGUUACUGACUCUCCCAGUAGGCAUUCCCUAUCUUCAGUGAUUUAUUUUUAAAGGCUAAGUUCAAUCAAAGCCAGCGCCUAUGAUAUAAUAGCAGUAAGAAACGCUGAGGCGUCACCACACUGCUAGCUGAGAGCAGCACACAACUAGGCCUCGCGGGGUCUACCCGCUCACCACCACCAGGCCGCCACUCACUACACAUGCACUACCACCGUCUCCUUAUGACGGCUCUAAUCCACGUUUGGAUGACAAGCUGAAGCUGACGUUUUUCUGGAGUUAGUGUUUUCCUGUGUAAGUUCAGACACAUGAAAUUCUACCUUAUGUGACAAACGAUUCACGUUACGUAAUUUUUUUUUCUUUUUAAGAUACAUUAAUUAGGCGGGAGGUACGUGAAAAUUUAAGUACAGAGUAAUAUUUUUCGUCCAUUAUUCAGUUAUUCCAAAACUACCUCUGUGCCAGGAUUGUUAUUUCAUGUGUUGUUUGGUUCACAUCCAGAAAGACAAGUUUGUUAAGCAACCGUGUUUGGUAAGACUGUAAUUCACAAUGUGCUACAAUUUGUACCUGUUUGUAUGAGUUACUUCUUACAAUAUGAUUUCGAACACUCGAAAAAAAUAAGGUCUUAGGAUUUUCGGCCCAACUUUUUAAAGGGCACAUUACGCACUUUUGCCAAGUUUUUUUUUUUUUCUGGUGUUAUGUAUUCUUGCCUAAAGGAGUUGACGGCAGGUGUGUGGAGUGAGGCGAAGGGAGUGGAUGGCGCUCCUCUCACUCGCCUCACCACCACCAAUGGCUUUUCAACAUUUGAACUCACUCUGGGGUGAGGUUCAACCUGUAAUAAAGUCGGGUUUUUCGAGAUGCCAAAUAGUCAUACUCAAUGUAUUAUGAAAUCCUUCUUCCAAGGAUAUUUAACUUGUACAUUGUAUGUACCAUAUCACCUCAAAAAUCAAAUGAAUUAUUUUUGUAUUAUAACAAUAAGAGCACUACCAAACUGUUAAAAUUGUAGAUCAAUAGCGUGACCCGCCACUGUGCACGGCGGGCGACCAUUGGACCCUUCUUCAGAUCAGAGAUCCGCAUGCCUUCAGGCAAGGAACUCAUUUCUUGAUAUGUGAUACGUACUUUCUCUCUGAUCUUUCUUAAUAAACUUUAAUCUUUUAC